UGCGGGAUUGCUGGUAACCGCUGAUGCCCGAACGUCGAGCCCCCUGCGCUCGGGAGGGGCGGGGCUUCGAAUUCGGUUGAGCCGAGAACGCCCGAACGCCGAACCGCCUGCACUCGGGAGGGGCGGGGCUUCGUACUGUGGGAUUCUCUCUCAGAACGAGAAGGCCCGAGCGCUGAACCUCGGCGGUUUGGGAAGGGGAGGGGCCAAGCUCCGAGUAUCCCGAAGAGAGUGUGGCUGGGCAGCGCCUUGGCCUCUAGAAUUCCCGACCUUUGGCGGGAACACCCGAAGCGAGACGGCCGGUGUGCAGUAGGGCAGUGCCAAAAUGGACCUUUUUAAGGGGCAUGGCGCCGCGCUUGCGGAGGUUUCUUCCUGAGCCUCGUAGGCGCGAUGGCAGGAGGAUGCUGGUGGUGGAGGUGGCGAACGGCCGCUCCCUGGUGUGGGGGGCCGAGGCGGUGCAGGCUCUUCGGGAGCGCCUGGGAGUGGGGGGCCGCACGGUGGGCGCCCUGCCCCGCGGGCCCCGCCAGAACUCGCGCCUGGGCCUCCCGCUGCUGCUGAUGCCUGAAGAGGCGCGGCUUCUGGCCGAGAUCGGCGCCGUGACUCUGGUCAGCGCCCCGCGCCCGGAUCCCCGCCACCACAGCCUGGCUCUGGCAUCCUUCAAGCGCCAGCAAGAGCAAAGCUUCCAGGAGCAAAGCGCCUUGGCAGCUGAGGCCCGUGAGACCCGUCGUCAGGAGCUCCUGGAGAAGAUUACAGAGGGCCAGGCUGCCAAGAAGCAGAAGCUAGAACAGGGUUCAGAGACCAGCGGGAGCCAGGAGGCCGGUGGGAGCCAAGCUGCCGAAGAGAGUGAGACCAGUGAUGGCCAGACAUCUGGAGAGCAGGAGGAAGCAGGCCCCUCCUCUUCCCAACCUGGAUCUUCAAAUGGGGUGACCCCCUUGCCCAGAUCUGCUCUACUUGUCCAGCUGGCCACUGCUAGGCCUCGACCUGUCAAGGCUAGGCCCCUGGACUGGCGUGUCCAGUCCAAAGACUGGCCCCAUGCUGGCCGCCCUGCUCACGAGCUGCGCUACAGCAUCUACAGAGACCUGUGGGAGCGAGGCUUCUUCCUUAGUGCCGCUGGCAAGUUCGGGGGUGACUUCUUGGUCUAUCCUGGUGACCCUCUACGCUUCCAUGCCCACUACAUCGCCCAGUGCUGGGCCCCUGAGGACCCGAUCCCACUCCAGGACCUGGUCUCCGCUGGCCGCCUUGGAACCAGCGUCAGAAAGACCCUGCUCCUCUGUUCUCCGCAGCCUGAUGGUAAGGUGGUCUACACCUCCCUGCAGUGGGCCAGCCUGCAGUGAACUCCAGAGACCUAGGAGGAUAUGGCUGUGUCUGCAACAAGAGUCUUUCUAGAUGUUCCCAAGCUCAUCUCCGCGUGGGAGGCUAGAACACCUUCCUACCUCUCUCUACGGUUAGUUUCUGAUUCCAGGAUUUUGAACACUACAUCCUUUUUAUGUUCCUCCCUGUUUCAAAGCAUUUACUGGCUUUGUCGUUUUUGUAGUUAACCUAUUUCCACACUGUGAGCUUCUUGAGAGUGAGGACUGGGUUUGAUUCAUCGCUGUUUUCUACAGGGCUUAGGUCCCAGGAGAUUUCAAUAAACUUGUUGAAUAAAUGU